AUGUUGGUGGUUUUUGUUCGGCAUGGAGAGAGUGUUAACAACCUGAGGGGCUUCAUGGACCCGGAGGCCACGUACGAAGCUUCCCGAGACCCUGAUCCCGAACUAACAUGGAAUGGGAUACAAGGAGGUAUCAGGUGCGCAUCCUACCUGAGCAGGAUUGUUACCUUCAUGAAUACUCAGAAGAAGAAACAUUCUGAUAAACUUGAAGCUUCAGGCGGACGUAAACAUUCAGAAUCCGAUAUACUUCAAGAUGCCGCUCGAGAUACCGAUGCACUGGAUAGGGAGGCCAUCGGUCAGGCCUUGGUUCAAGAUGAUCAGGGUACACCCUUGAAAAUACGGGUGCUCUGCAGUCCUUUUAAACGAGCAAUUGCUUCUGCAGAUAUCCUGGCAGCUGUACUCCCAGGAGUUACUGAGAUAGCUAUUGUUCCCCAUAUACACGAGGUUGGAGGUCUGUUUGGGAGCGACGGUGGAAAAACAGCAGUUGUUGGACCGACUGCGGCUGAAAUUUUGAAGAGCAAUCGUGUGCACACACGUUUGCGAGCGCAUUUAAACUCGAGCUCAGAAAUUACUCCUCCCGCAGGCAAAGCUACUCCUCCCGCAGAUGAAGCCAAGGUUGUCAAGCAGAGACGGGAGCCAGAUGGCGUGACCGAAUACUUAGCCAGUUGCCGGGACGAUAUUCCGAUCACUGCAGAAUAUCUACCAAAGUCUGGCCCGUGGUGGAAUCGGGGGCGCGAGCGGGUUGUGGAGGCCGCGGACCGGGCCAAGCGCUUCAUUGGGGAGCUACAAUCGGGUGAGUUCGGGGAAGGCGUGGACGCGUUGGUUGUAAUCGGCCAUGGUUUGUUCCUCGACGUAAUCUGGCGCCAGUUGUUGGGGGUGUCAGAGGACAUGGAUGUGGCCUUUGUGACACAUAACUGGGGCAUCAGCACCUUGACGGUUGAGGGCGGCAAGUGGACUAUUAGUUGUAUCAAUGACGCCAGCCAUAUUCCGCUCGAAUCUCGAAUCCCGCAUAGCGUCAAAAGAAUUCACCGCACUCCCUACUAA